AAACAUGGCGUCGUCUUUGGACGUCCACGUCCGAAUUUGUGGACAAGAAAUAUUAAAGUACGAUUUGGAGAUAAAGGCUCUCAUCCAGGACAUCAGAGAAUGCUCUGGCCCCCAGUCUGCUCUCAUGGAGUUCAACUCCCAGGUCAAAGAGAAAUUCAAUCAACUCCGUUGUAGAAUACAGGACCUGGAACAGAUGUCCAGAGAACAAGACAGCGACACAGACAGACUGACAAUCCAGGCAGAGACAGAAGGCCAGCGCAGACAGAUGCUUAGCAACCAGACAGCGUGGCGGAAGGCUAACCUGGCCUGUAAACUGGCUAUAGACUACAUGGAGAAGGAUGAACUGCUGCAUGGUGGGGAGAACCUGGCCACAAGACAGAGAAAGGCAACCAAGGAAAGCCUAGUGCAGACAAACAGCAACAUCACAGAGAGUCUGAUGUCAAUCAGCAGAAUGAUGGCCCAACAGGUGAAGCAAAGUGAAGACUCCAUCGGCACUCUUGCCACCUCCUCUAGAACAGUGCAGGAGACCAAUGACGAGUUCAAGACCAUGACGGGAACCAUACAUCUGGGAAGGAAGCUGAUCCUCAAGUAUAAUCGUCGGGAACUGACAGACAAGCUGCUCAUCUUCCUGGCUCUGGCUCUGUUCCUGGCCACCGUACUCUACAUCCUCAAGAAACGCCUCUUCCCCUUCAUCUAGGCAGCUAGGUAGUGACCCUAUCCAAAUACUGCACAGUAUGUCUCUGCUUUUCUUUCAAGGAUAAUGUGGGCCUAGCUGCAGAGCAUUACACACAUACAGGGAUGCCAGUAUGGAAAAUGCCAUACCAAAGGGAAAAUCACAUACAGGCUUGGAGACCUGAGAGAUUGGGACCCAUAGGUUUACACCUCAUGUCGGACUCAGAACUAAAGAUGGCCCAGUGCUUUUGUACCUAACAGAAAAUGUUUUUGACAGGUUCAGCUUACAUUCUGUAUGUGGUGAGUGUGUGUUGGUUCAGUUGUGUGUUUUCCAGACAGCUUUCCAAAGCCAGAGGAUAUCUCUGUUGUUUCAGGUCCAAUGGUAACUACUGUCAGUGAUAACUACGCUGAGUGCCUUCUUUCAAAUCAGGACAGUGUUACCACUAAUUGCUAAACUAGAAUACAUUUUGUAUACCAGUCGCUGGUAAGGGCCUCCUUGUUUUAUUGUCAGUGAGAGUUUGUUGCUGAAUGAUAAAUGUUAGUUUCAGUCAAGUUCCGUUGAAUGCGUUGUUAUUGUGCACCGGUCAUUGGUAACGAUAUCCCACUAGAUGGCAGCAUACAAAAUAAUAGCAUCAUUAAAGAGAUGGUAAGUUUCUUUUUACCUUUGUUUGAGCUAAAACAUGUUGGUGUUUUGUGAGAAUUUCCCCUGAAAGCUGUGCUGCCUUCUCCCAGGGUAAAAUGCACAUUACGAUCAACAUCCCAGAAUUGCCGAUGUCAUAUGGGGUUAUCAAAGACACCGAUAUGUAAUGUUGCAUAGCCGAUAGAUAUUGGGUCUAGUGGCCCAGUCCCGCAACAUGUUGCCGUUGGCCAA